GUCAUUCAAUCGUCACUCUCUAAUUUGUUGAAAAUUUACGAAUUCCUGCAGUUUUUGUUUUAUUUAUCCAUUUUAUAUCCGAAAUAUUCACCGAAAAGUGUGAUUUUCAUUAAAAUUCGUUACCGUCAUCAGAAAACCUCGUAGAAAAUGAGUGAUAACAGUACACAACAAGAGCAACAGCCGGCUCGAGGCUUUGAAGCGCUCAAAGCACACGUCAUCGCCAACAAAAUCGACUCAGCGUUAUGGGCAUCGCGUGUUCUCACAAUUUUAUUUGCCGUGGGUUACGUUAUUCCUCUUUUCGGCAAUGCUCAGUCCGCAUAUUAUAAAAUUUUCAUGGCAAAUGCAAUGACAUCGGCCCUCAGACUGCACCAACGAAUGCCUCGAAUUGCCUUUACGCGGGAAUAUUUGUCGCUUCUGUUGAUGGAAGACUCGUGUCAUUACUUGUUCUUCUCGCUGAUCUAUUUGUAUGUUGCGCCCGUGAUUCUAAUCCCGAUUCCAAUUGUCUUGUUUGCGAUUUUGCAUUCGGCCAGUUAUUCAUUGACGUUGUUGGAUACUCUUGGGCAAAACUCAUGGUGGGGAGCUCGUCUCUUAAUCUCGUUGGUUGAGUUCCAAACGAGAAAUAUCCUUCGUUUGGCAGCAUUUUCGGAAAUUUUCUUGAUGCCUCUUGUCAUCAUUCUCGUAUUUUUGGGUCGCGCCGGAAUCAUGACACCUUUCAUCUAUUACCAUUUCUUGGUUCUUCGUUACUCAUCACGUCGUAAUCCCUACACUCGUAACAUGUUCUACGAAUUGAGAAUAGCAACAGAAGCUGUUGCCAACAAUCCACGCGCUCCUGCUAUGGUUCGCAAAAUCUUGCAUGGCGGCGUGAGAUUUGUCUCACGAUUGGCUCCUCCAACGCAACCCGCCCAACAAUAAAAACUUUAAUUUUUUAAUUAAAAAAAAAAAAUAUUUGGAUACGGGACUCAAUUAAGACAAAAAAGUUAAAAAAAAAAUAGAAGAGCAAAAAUUUU